ACUUAUUUUUUUCCUAAAUGUUUUAAACUUGGUUUAAACGCUAACCACUACCUAAAACACUACCGUAAACCAAGGUCAGUUCAGCCCCUGUUAUUCCAUGGGAUAAACUGUGGAACCUCAACAUCCCCCACCCCCAAUCACAAAUGUUUCUAUGGCAAUGCUUAUGGGAUAGACUUCCUACAUGCAAUAAUCUCUUCCUCAAACACAUAACCCUUUCCCAAUUCUAUUGCUUAUGUCCUCGCACCAUCGAGGAUGGUAUCCAUGUUCUAAGGGAUUGUCCAAGGGAAAGAGAAGUAUGGGGACUGAAAAACCCCCCUUCUAGCUUUGAUCAACCUGACAUACAAUCCUGGAUUCUUCAUAACUUAAACACUACCUCCCAGCGUCUCUUUGGGAUCCCCUAGAACUUUUCCUUUCCCAUCAUUCUAAUGAACAUAUGGCUAAGAAGGAACACUUGGGUCUUUAAUAACAAAUCCAAACCCCUUACUAGCUUCUGGGCCUCUACCACCUACAUCAUCAAAGACCUCUUCUACUUUCCCCCCAACAACUCUGGACCAGCCAUACCAUCAAUCCCAACCCCUCACCUCCUCUCCAGCCCCUCUAGUCAGAUGACAAGAAUCUCAGUGGAUGCCUCCUUUUCUCCCAACACCUUAUCUUCAGGGACCUAAUACCACAAUCAGGGAGCAGCAGCAUUUUGAAAGCUCCAAGGACACAAGUCAGGGAAGCAGAUUUCCAAGCCAGGCGAGCCAAGUCGAGUCUAACUCCUACCCAGAUUAGAAGGAAAGAUGGAAGCAAUUGGUUAUCAAAAUGUAUCCUUUGUAACCCCCCUCCCAAUCCUAGUGAUAGUUUAUCUGAAGGAAACUGUAGUUCUUUUGGCCAGAAAUGGCAUGACUAUUUGGGUGUUGUGUCACCAAUCUAACUUAUGUGUAUAAUGUUGAGUUUGUACACGCUUUUGCUACAUCAGAGGGGUGGUUUAACUAUUAAUUAAAUUCUGAUCAUUUUCACCCCAAAAAAAAAUAAAAAAUAAAAGACCUUUGUUAUUAAUGCUUCACCUCCCUCCACAAUUGCUGGGCUACAAACUUUGCAAAUUCAUGUCAAAGUCCCAAAGCCCAUUUUAUGAAUAUCAUACAUACACUUUCAAUGUAAAGCCCGCCAAUAAAAACCAAACUAUGUAAGGAAGUUGCAUUAUCUUCUUACUUUGAAACUCCACCCUUCUUCCACCCAAAAAAAAUGGAGACAAAUCUUCAACUACCUUUACAAAUUCAUCACUUAAAACCAUCUUCUCUAAAAUACCCACCAUUUUUUUCACCUCAAAAUCAAUUUUUUCAUAAACCCAUCUUCAAUUCUUCUACUAAUUUUGGUUUUUGUAGUAAAAAAAGUCUUAAAUUGAAGCUUAGAAGUAGAAUUAGAAGAAGUGUUAGUGAAAUUAGAGGUGAAUUGGGUAAAUUAGAGGAGAAAGAUACAGUUAAGGAGCAACAAGUUAAAAGGGCAUACCCAUUUCAUGAAAUUGAGCCCAAAUGGCAACAAUUUUGGGAGGAUAAUAAAACUUUUAGAACCCCAGAUGAUGUUGAUACUUCUAAACCUAAGUAUUAUGUUCUUGACAUGUUUCCUUACCCCAGCGGAGCUGGGUUACAUGUUGGCCAUCCACUUGGAUAUACAGCUACUGAUAUUCUCGCCAGAUUCAAAAGGAUGCAGGGUUUCAAUGUUUUGCAUCCAAUGGGAUGGGAUGCAUUUGGGUUGCCAGCAGAGCAGUAUGCUAUUGAUACAGGUACCCACCCUAAAAUCACAACUAUGAGGAAUAUUGGACGUUUUCGAUCACAGCUUAAAUCAUUGGGCUUCUCAUAUGAUUGGGAUCGUGAAAUCUCUACAACAGAACCAGAAUAUUAUAGAUGGACACAAUGGAUAUUUCUUCAGCUCCUGAAAAGAGGAUUGGCCUAUCAGGCAGAAGUUCCUGUCAAUUGGUGCCCUGCUCUUGGCACAGUGUUGGCAAACGAGGAAGUAAUAGACGGUGUCAGUGAACGUGGGGGUCAUCCAGUAAUACGAAAGCCAAUGAGGCAGUGGAUGCUCAGGAUCACUGAGUACGCAGACCGCCUUCUUCGUGAUCUGGAAGAGCUUGACUGGCCCGAAAGUUUAAAGGAAAUGCAAAGAAAUUGGAUAGGGAAGUCAGAAGGGGCUGAGCUGGAAUUUCCGGUGCUUGCUGUUGAUGGACGCGAAAGAGGGGUUGGAAUUACUGUUUAUACAACAAGGCCAGAUACUAUUUUUGGAGCAACCUAUCUUGUGCUGGCACCGGAGCAUCCCUUGUUGGAAUCACUAGUAUCCACAGACCAAGCCAAAUAUGUUGAGGAGUAUAAAGAGCUUGCCUCAAGAAAGAGUGACCUUGAGAGGACUGAGCUCCAAAAAGAGAAAACUGGAGUCUUUACUGGUUGCUAUGCAAAGAACCCUGCCAACGGAGUGGCCAUUCCCAUAUGGGUGGCAGAUUAUGUUCUAGGAAGCUAUGGUACUGGAGCUAUAAUGGCUGUUCCUGCGCAUGAUACACGUGACCAUGAAUUUGCUUCAAAGUAUGAUAUACCAAUUCAUUGGGUUGUCAAGCCAGAUGAUGAAGAUGGCAGCAGUCAAGGUAAGGCUUAUCCUGGAGAUGGUAUUAUCAUGAACUCAUCUAGUUCGGCAACAGGGCUUGAUAUCAAUGGCUUGUCUAGCAAAGAAGCCUCUGCAAAAGUAAUUCAGUGGGCUGAGGAAACUAGAAAUGGAAACAAAAAGGUGAACUAUAAGUUAAGAGACUGGCUUUUUGCUAGGCAGCGCUAUUGGGGGGAGCCUAUACCUGUAAUAUUUUUGGAUGACAACAGUGAGAGUGUUUCUCUUCCUGAAAGUGAAUUACCUUUGACACUUCCUGAGUUGGAUGAUUUUACUCCUACUGGGACGGGUGAUCCGCCAUUAUCCAAAGCGGCAUCUUGGGUACAAACAGUAGACCCCAUAUCAGGAAAGCCAGCCAGAAGAGAAACAAACACCAUGCCCCAGUGGGCUGGCUCGUGCUGGUAUUAUUUGAGAUUUAUGGAUCCAGAAAAUUCAAAGGAAUUAGUCAACAAAGAAAAAGAAAGGUAUUGGGGCCCAGUUGAUGUAUAUGUUGGUGGUGCUGAGCAUGCAGUCCUUCACUUACUUUAUGCGAGGUUUUGGCACAAGGUUCUCUAUGAUAUUGGUGUUGUGUCUACAAAGGAACCAUUCAAGUGUGUCAUAAACCAGGGAAUUAUCUUAGGAGAGGUCCAGUAUACGGCACUAAAGGACACAAAUGGAAAUUUUAUAUCUGCAGAUUCAGCUACCAUGUCCGGUGAUCUUUGUCAAGAACAAAUUCCUGAGGAAAAAGUUAUGAAGUCAGGUGAAUUUUUUGUGUUGAAAGAGAAUCCAAGUAUUCGGCUUAUUGCUCGAGCUUAUAAAAUGAGUAAAAGCAAGGGUAAUGUCAUUAAUCCAGAGGACGUGGUUGCCGAAUAUGGUGCUGACUCACUCCGCUUGUACGAGAUGUUCAUGGGACCAUUAAGAGACUCAAAGCCAUGGAAUACUAGUGGAAUCGAAGGUGUUUAUCGAUUUAUGGGGAGAGUAUGGAGACUAAUUGUGGGCUCACCUCUAUCUGAUGGUUCAUUUAAUGAUGGAACAAUUGCCGUGGAUGAAGAUCCUACCAUAGAACAACUUCGUUCGCUUCAUAAAUGCAUUGAAAAGGUCACUGAGGAAAUUGAAGCAACCCGGUUUAACACUGGUAUUUCGGCAAUGAUGGAGUUCAUUAAUGCUGCAUACAAGUGGGACCGACAUCCAAGGUCAAUCUUUGAGGCAUUUGUUCUGUUGCUAUCACCAUAUGCACCUCAUAUGGCUGAGGAACUCUGGUUUCGCCUUGGAAACUCAAAUUCACUUGCAUAUGAGCCUUUCCCAAAGGCUAAUCCAGCGUAUUUGAAAGACUCCAAAACAGUCCUCCCCGUUCAAGUUAAUGGAAAGACACGAGGAACCAUACAAGUAGAAGAAACAUGUACUGAAGAUGAAGCUUUCAGAUUAGCCUCCACAGACGAAAAGCUGUCAAAGUAUAUUGAUGGCAAAACCAUCAAAAAGAAGAUCUUCGUUCCUGGUAAGAUCUUGAAUGUGAUCGUGGUUCCUGAAAACGCCAAGGUUGGUCAGCGAUGAACCCCUUUUCCUCGGCCUUUGUUGAAACAUCCUUCUCAGUUGGAGCAGAAGCGCAUCACAUUCCAGAAUUACAAAGCCAGUCUGAAGCUUAACUCACUAUAUCACAGGAAUACAGUAUGAUCUCAUCAAUUUUUCUUUCUUUUACUAGAUUUGUUUAGUGGGAUUGUUACUUCUGAGUAGAUUCUGCAUGAUGUGCUCUCUGACGGCAAAUGGUGCGUUAGAAGCGUAUCUUUGAAAGGCUUUUUUUUUCUUUACUCAAAAGUUUUCUCCUUUUCCAGUUCUAACACAAUACAAAUGCUGAGCUACUAUAACUUUUGAUUCAUUUGUGUAUAAUUAUUAUUAUGUGUUGAACUUAAAAUUUCUCGUUCAGAUAUAACUGUCAUUUUA